AUGGUUCUGACUGUACAGGGGGAAGAACACAGUGACUGGAUUAAUAAGCUGCCUGACUUUGAAGCUGUGACGAACAGUUUGGCACAUGGCAGUAGUAGUCUGACACCUGGCACACUGUUACAUGGAAAAGAAUCUGAGAAUAUUUUUGAUGAGGUUAUUAAUUUAUCUUCAGAAAGGGAUCACCACCAAAGGAAGACACCAAAUACCAUUGAAGAAGAUGAAGAAGAUGGCGGUGAGCCUCGGCACGACGGAGCCGGACGCAGGCACGGCGGUGACCAUCACGGGCUGAGGCGAGGCUCCUCCCCCACACAGCUGCAGGGGGUCACCACGUCCAUCGUGUCAUGUGCCUCCUGCAACAUAGCCUACGGCGGCGGGAUCACGCAGCGCAUGAUCUGCGCAGGCGAAGAGGAGGGCGGCAAUGACUCGUGCCAGGGCGACAGCGGAGGAACCCUGGUGGAAGGAUCCACCCAAUACAGCAUCGUCUCCUGGGGCAGAGGAUGCGCUUGCCCCAGCUACCCUGGCGUCUUCGACAACGUGGCCAACCUGCGUUCCUGGGUAACUCAAGUAACUGGUGUCUAG